AUGCCAUUCCUUACCGAGGACUCCUGGAUCAACGACCAGGCUUCCACGCAUGAUAUCUCUCUGCUCGAAGGAUGCGCCAUCGCUGUCGACGCUAGUUAUUAUCUCUGCCAACUUCUCGAGACGUCUCCUGCUCACGAACCCCUGUUGUCAGCUCUGGGUGGUCUCACGGGAGUCGAGGCACACAUAAACCAGAACCUCGAUCUUUGGGCGAAGAAUGAGAUUGUUCCCUUCUUCGUUUUCGACGGUCAACCUGUGACCGGCCAGGAUGACAUCACCUUGGAUCGUGGUCUCAAAGCCAACAAGAAGACAGACGAGGCAUGGAACUUGUACUCUCAGGGGGCCGCUGAAGAGGCGGUGUCAACCUUCGGUACUAGUCCAGGAGCCUUUCGCAUUCAGAAUCUCUACCCCUUACUCCAAAACGUUCUGAAGAGCCGUGAUCUUCACUUUCUGGUAGCGCCUUACACUGCAUGCGCCCAGCUUGCUUAUUUUGAGAUGACCGAUUCAGACCAGUGUUCAGGUGUAAUGGGCUCUCAGGAGCUUCUGUUGUACCCUGUCAAGGACACCGUCCUUCGUACUUUCGACUGGGAGGCCAAAACGGUUACUGCCAUUUCCAAGAAGAAAGUGAUGCGCAGUCUCACACCUACUGCGAGCGAGCCUAGGUUUAUCGACUCUUUCUUAAUGGCUGGCACAUCAUUCCUUUCUCCCUUUCCUGCUCUGUUGGAAAGCUCAAUGUAUUCAGACUACAAUAUCUCAACUGCUGCCAAUCUUCUGAGGACUGCGGAAAACAGUGUCGCAACUGCUUGCGCUAGCUUCAACGACAUAUUGCAGAACAAGGACGCCGACUGGCUCGACAAGUACCGCAAGGCGAGGAUGGUCGUCCACCACUUCGUUUAUAUCGCCGAGAGCGGUGAGAUCCGUGUCAACGACUAUGAGCACUUGACCAGUGACAAUCAUGAGUAUCUGGGUCUUCAGCUCCCUGCUGAGCUUUUCCACUACCUCAAUACCGGCUUGAUUGGGCCUCGCCUACUGGGAAACAUCACCCACGGACAAGUUCUGAUCCAGCCUACCUUGGAUGGCGUAGCAUCAGACGAGUACAAAAAGUUGAUCACCGACAGAAUAGUGCCCAUUAAGGAGCAGGCUCUCUCGCUGCUGAUCCCACGACUUCACCGCGGUAUUCAGCACAAGAACAUCAAAGUGCGGGUUUGGUUUGACCCUAAAUAUUCAUACACUAUCAACCACCGUUCUGUCAACCCUCCACCAUCACAGAUGGUUGCCAGUUGGGAUGUCAAGGACAAUGAUGUUCGUGCAUUUUUCCCAGAGGAUUUUGCGAGCCCCGUGUCGUUGGAAGUCUUGUCGCUUGUUAACACCGAAUUUGUUGACAAGACAUUCCCCGAAGAGAGGCGCAUCAAGGGAAUUGACAGUACAGAUAUGGUUACCUCGGUUGCUAUCUGGCGAUUUCUUCACUUGAGAGGAUAUGCUGAUGACAAGCACAAGCUAACAAAGUGGGGCAAUGCAUUGGCAACCACCCUUCUUACACUUCAAGACGUCAAGGAGAACAACCCUGAGGUGACCGGUCUGUCAGAAGCAGCCCUAGUCGCGUUUGAACUUAUCCGAAAUGGGCUCUUGACAGGAAAGCACACCGAGGGCCACCCUGGUCUGCCCCGAAAGGGCUCUUAUGAGGAGAAGGCAACCCUUGUACUGAUCAGCGAGUGUGCGUCCCUGCUGAAGCUCCGACACCAAGUAUAUGGUUACACCGGUCCUCUCAACAAAAACCUUCUAAGCUUCUGGUCGUUGGCUUCAGCCGUGAGAGAGGCCGACCGGGACUUGGUUGAGGCUAUUGUGGCUUCAAUGUUCUUGUAUGGUCAGUCCAAGCGCGAAAGGGACGACCAGCUGGAGAUCAGCCGACGCCUACCUUUCCAACAGGAGCCUGACAUUGGUCUCGGCAUUGCCGUGAGGACCUUCUUCGACGACGAUGAAGCUGGCGGGGACAAGGAGGGUCGACUACACCGACUAGAAGAGUUCCCCAAGACGUUCGUUCCAUACGCCGAGUCAUUGACUGAGGACUUCCGGGUUGCGCGCGAUUUUGUCGAUGCACUCGCCAAGGGCGUGGAAGCGCUGGGCACAGAACAAUUGAAGGCAGAGGACAAGGAGGCCUGGACCAGGGCCCAGGCGUACUUCGCGGCACGACCUUUUUAG